GAUUAGUUGGAUUCAACUAUAUUAAUUUUUUACAUUUAAGCAUAAUGACCUCCACCUAAUUUGAAGAAAAAAAAUUCCAUGUUAAUUUUCCAAAGUUCCAUAUUGUUACCAAACAAGCCCCUAAUUUCUUCGGAUCUCCUACUUCGCUCUCCACUACCGCCGCAAGAAUUUGAUCAAACGAAAAUUCCUUAAUUUAAAUUCUCUUUCGAAAGUCUGAAACAAAGAAUUUUGAUUUGCAAGCCAUGUCAGGACAAAAUGAAUUUCGGAUCCGUCCUAGCGGUAGAGCAGCAGUAGUAGUUCUUGGGGAUAUUGGACGCAGUCCUCGUAUGCAAUAUCAUGCUCUUUCUCUUGCUCAUCAGGCUCAUCUAGAAGUCGACAUUAUUGCAUAUGGAGGUUCGGACCCUCAUUCUGCUGUAAAAGAGCAUAAAUCUAUUCACAUCCAUGAAAUGACACAUUGGCCAUCAAACCCUAGAAGUUUGCCAAAGAUACUCCAUCCUUUAUUGCUCAUAUUUAAGCCACUGGUGCAGUUUUUUAUGCUUCUAUGGUAUCUGUGUGUUAAAAUUCCGGCGCCUGAUGUUUUCAUAGUUCAGAAUCCACCAUCUGUUCCUACACUGGUUGCUGUAGAAUUGGCCAGCCGGAUUAGAGGUUCCGCAUUCAUUAUAGAUUGGCAUAACUUCGGAUAUACUCUUCUUGCUUUGUCUCUCGGAAGAAAUAGUCGGUUUGUGACUUUGUAUUAUUGGAUCGAGAAGCUUUUUGGGAAAAUGGCUAAUGGUUCCUUGUGUGUGACAAAGGCGAUGCAGCAUGAAUUGGCUCAAAACUGGGGAAUUAGUGCCACAGUUCUAUAUGAUCAGCCUCCUGAAUUUUUUCGGCCCGCUUCCCUCGAGGAGAAGCACAAGUUGUUUUGUGGGAUCGAUAAGAGUCUGAGAACGCCUUACAGCCUUCAAGACUGUCUUAGCAAUGAGGUACUAAUGACAGACGAUGACAAUCCUAAUGUAACUCUAUUUACAACUCAGUCUGGCAAAGAUAUUUCCUUGAAGUGGAAUAGACCAGCGCUGAUUGUAAGCAGUACAAGCUGGACUCCGGACGAAGAUUUUAACAUUCUCUUAGAAGCAGCACUAAUGUAUGAUAGAAGGGUUUCUGCAUUGCUGAAUGAGGAUGACUUGAAGAGGGAGGAUGUUUUCUGGCAGGAAAUCAAGGGUGGGAAGCAAUACCCUAGGUUAUUAUUUAUCAUUACAGGCAAAGGGCCUGAAAAGGAAAAAUAUGAACAGAAAAUAGCAAAACUCAACCUUAAACGUGUAGCAUUUCGUACUAUGUGGUUGGAGCCAGAGGAUUACCCGUUGCUUCUUGGAUCAGCAGACCUUGGUGUUUGCUUGCAUACAUCCUCGUCAGGGUUGGAUCUUCCAAUGAAGGUUGUGGAUAUGUUUGGCUGUGGAUUACCGGUGUGUGCUGUUUCAUACUCUUGUUGCAUGUUGACCCUUCUUCGCUGCCCUUUAUCAAGUAUCAACGAGCUGGUCGAAGUUGACAAGAAUGGCCUACUCUUCUCUUCUUCGUCAGAACUGGCAGAUCAAUUUAUGAUGCUGUUUAAGGGAUUCCCAGAAUGUGAUGAGUUGAAGUCGCUUAAACAAGGAGUAUUGACAAGUAGAUCUUCUAUUAAUUGGGCAACAGAAUGGGAAGCAAACGCCAAACCCUUAAUAUCGAAGGUUGUUUUUGAGAACUCGAGCUGAUUUUGAAGCAAAGAUUUCAGAACUCCGGUGUCUAUCAACCCACAGAUCCAAGGAACUUUAUAAAUUAUAUGCUCACCUAGCGUCAUACUUGCAAACCGAGCAAAAGAGGGUCCUUAACCAAUUUUUGCAGCUCUAUUUAGGAUCAUUAGUCACAGAUUUCUGUUUUGAUUUUUGUCAAAACUGAAGUUGUACAGCUUUACAAGUGGUCAUAUAGCACUGUUGAGGUUUCACUUGCCUUUGCCUCUCUUAGUAUUUUAACAAAGUUAUAUAUAUACAUUGUGGGAAAAUAGGUCUGUAGCUGAAGGUAGUUUUAUGACAUUCUCAGAAUACAUUUUGUCUGUUGUUUGAACCGAAAAAAGGACAGGAAUAACAGAUUUGAACACUUACAUUUAA